AUGAGUAAGUGCAGGAAGCCACCACUGGGUUCAAGUCCUGAGACAUUCAGCCCAGAUGUUCUUGCUGACAUUUUUGAACUCUUUGCCAAGAACUUUUCUUAUGGCAAGCCACUUAAUAAUGAGUGGCAGUUACCAGAUCCCAGUGAAAUUUUCACUUGUGACCACACGGAAUUUAAUACAUUGCUUGAUUUGAAGAACUCCCUAAAUGAAGUAAAAAACCUACUGAGUGAUAAGAAAUUGGAUGAGUGGCAUGAACACACUGCUUUCACUAAUAAAGCUGGAAAAAUAAUUUCUCAUGUGAAAAAAUCUGUGAACGCUGAACUUUGUACUCAAGCAUGGUGUAAGUUUCAUGAAAUUUUGUGCAGCUUUCCACUUAUUCCACAGGAAGCUUUUCAGAAUGGAAAACUGAAUUCUCUACACCUUUGUGAAGCUCCUGGAGCUUUUAUAGCUAGUCUCAAUCACUACUUAAAAUCCCAUAGAUUCCCUUGUGAUUGGAGUUGGGUAGCUAAUACUUUGAAUCCAUACCACGAAGCAAAUGACAAUCUUAUGAUGAUUAUGGAUGACCGACUUAUUGCAAAUACCUUGCAUUGGUGGUACUUUGGUCCAGAUAAUACUGGUGAUAUCAUGACCUUGAAAUACCUGACUGGACUUCAGAAUUUCGUAAGUAACAUGGCUACCAUUCACUUGAUCACUGCAGAUGGGAGUUUUGAUUGCCAAGGAAACCCAGGUGAACAAGAAGCUUUAGUCUCUUCUUUGCAUUACUGUGAAGUCGUCACUGCUCUGAUGACUCUUGGAAAUGGUGGCUCUUUUGUUCUGAAGAUGUUUACUUUGUUUGAACAUUGUUCCAUAAACCUGAUGUACCUGCUAAACUGUUCCUUUGACCAAGUCCAUGUUUUUAAACCUGCUACUAGUAAGGCAGGGAACUCAGAAGUCUAUGUGGUUUGUCUCCACUAUAAGGGAAGAGAGGCAGUCCAUCCUCUGUUAUCUAAGAUGGUGCUGAAUUUUGGGAAGGAAAUGACCCAGAAAGCUCUCUUUCCCCAUCAUGUGAUUCCCGAAUCUUUUCUUAAAAGGCAUGAAGAAUGUUGUAUGUUCUUUCAUAAAUACCAACUAGAGACUAUUUCUGAGAACAUUCGUCUGUUUCAGUGCAUGGGAAAAGGGGAACAGACAAAGCUGAAUAAUUUAAGGGACUGUGCUGUUCAAUAUUUCAUGCAAAAGUUUCAGUUGAAGCCUCUUUCCAGAAAUCAUUGGCUAGUGAAAAGAUCUAAUAUUGGUUGUAGUACAAAUACAAAAUGGUUUGGGCAGAGGAGCAGGUAUUUUAAAACCUAUAAUGAAAGGAAAAUGCUGGAAACCCUUUCAUGGAAAGAUAAGGUGGCCAAAGGAUACUUUAAUAGUUGGGCAGAAGAACAUGCUGUGUAUCAUUCUGGGCAAAGUUCUCUCUUAGAAGGGACAGCUUCCAAUCUUGAGUAUCACUUAUGGCAUAUUUUAGAGGGAAAGAAACUGCCAAAGGUAAAGUGUUCUCCUUUCUGUGAUGGUGAAAUUUUAAAGACUCUUAAUGAAGCAAUUGAAAAGUCAUUAGGAGGAGCCUUGAAUUUGGAUUCCAAGUUCUGGCCCAAACAGCAGUAUUACUGUUCUUGUCACAUUUUUACUGAAGAAUUGAUAUUUUCUGAGUUGUUUAGCCUUACCAGGUGCCUUCAGGAUGAACAGGUGGUAGAACCCAGCAACCAAAUAAAGUGCCUGCUUGUGGGCUUUUCAACCCUCCGUGAUAUCAAAACACAUAUACCACUGGAAGUCCUGGAAUCAGCUGAACUCAUGACUUUCAGCUGUUCGUUGCUUCAUGAUGGAGACCCGAUUUACCAGCAACUGUUUCUGGACUGCCUUCUACAUUCAUUGCAGCAGCUUCAUACAGGAGAUGUUAUGAUUUUGCCUGUACUUUCUUGUUUUACAAGAUUUAUGGCUGGUUUGAUUUUUGUACUCCACAGCUGUUUUAGAUUCAUCACAUUUUCUUGUCCCACUUCUUCUGAGCCCCUGAAGACCUGUGCAGUCCUGCUGUGUGUUGGUUAUCAGGACCUUCCAAAUCCGGUUUUCCAGUAUCUGCAGAAUGUGAAUGAAUUGUUGAGCUCUUUGCUUAAAUCCAACGCACCCCAGCAGGUUUUACAGUUUGUGCCAAUGGAGGUGCUCCUGAAGGGGGCAUUACUUGAUUUUUUGUGGGAUUUGAAUGCUACCAUUGCUAAAAGGCAUUUGCAUGUAAUUAUUCAAGGAGAGAGAGAAGAAAUCAUCAGCAGCCUUCAGCUAUGACGUUGAACUUGUCCUUUCUGAGAUUUAACUUUAUGGCUUCUUACAGUUUCCAUUGUUAUUUCAGCCCUUUGCUAUUUAAAACCUUUCAUUUGGGGGAAAGGCCAACUUUUGCAUCAUUGACAGUCUCAUUAUUUCGGGAAAACCACCAGUUAGUUCUGAUCUCAUAUAUAUGCCCGUAGGCAUAAGAGUUUUCCACGUGGCGCAAUCUAUGCAGUGAUCAUAUUCAACCUCAAAUAUGAGAUGUGCAUAUACUUUGGGAUGGACACACACAUUCUUAUUUAAGCAGUUUCCUUGGUCUUAUUUUUCUGUUUGAAGAUUUGCAUCCAUGUGCCUUCCUUCAGAUUAGAUUUUUUUCCCAACUAAUUUCCUUAGUGGCUAAUGCUGUUAAUAAAUCGAGAGAGGUCUUUGAUGAAAGGAGGUGGGCCACUCCUCAGCAACGCUUGUUUUCUUUAACACUGACCACGUCAAUUAUGGAUUCGGGGAACUCUUCUUGCCAGAUGCUCAGUAUGUGCCGUUCCUUGCCUUUAGGCCAUUGACCCAAUUUACUUGUGUGGUUCAAAUGAAGUUAUGUGCUGUUUUAUGAAUAUUUUAAUGACCACAGCCAUCCAGCCAGAAAGGAUAUCAGGACAGCUUCAAACCAAAGAUCAUGUUUAAAACAAUGAAAAAUCACUGUGUCUGGGACACACCUGUAUCAUGAAAAACUUCAUUUAGCAAUGGUGUAGUAAUCUUUAUAACUU